AUGUCAGUCCUCGUUAUAGAUAAUGGAGCCUAUGAGUUGAAAAUAGGAUAUGCCACAGAUGACAAAAAUCCAGCACAUUUCAGAGUAUCAAAUUCCAUAACACGGUCGAAGGAUCGAAGAACUUACGUUGGGAAUGAAAUUGAGAACUGUAGAGACUAUGCUGGACUGACUUACCGACGGCCUCAUGAAAGAGGCCAGUUGGUUAAUUGGGAAACUCAAAAGGCUAUAUGGGAUAACCAAUUCUAUGGUAAAACUUCAAAGCUUGUUGGAAUGAAUGGUGGUAAGCCUGUUGACCCUAGUGAAACCUCGUUAAUUCUCACAGAAAUGCCCUACUCGUUGCCCGCGUUAUCGUCAAAUAUGGAUCAAAUUGUAUUUGAAGAGUAUGGCUUUGAUUCUUACUACCGAUGUACCCCAGGCUCUUUGGUUCCAUGGAAUGAUAUACGAGAACUGUACAAUGACACUUCGUCAAGAAGCUCUCCUGUCUCGGAGUGUGCUUUAGUUAUCGACAGCGGAUUUAGCAGCACCCAUGUGUUACCUGUAGUUCUAGGGGAGGUAUACUGGCCAGCGGCUAAGCGUAUAAAUAUUGGAGGUAAACAUCUUACGAACUACCUUAAAGAAACAGUUUCUUUUAGAUACUACAAUAUGAUGGAAGAGACAUUCCUCAUGAAUGUUAUAAAGGAGAGAGUAUGCUUCGUGUCUCUCAAGUAUCAGCUCGAUCUCGAAGAAGCUCAUAUAAACAAGCGAAAGAGCUUACUACGGAUAGAUUACGCUCUCCCCGACUAUAGGACAAGUAAAUUGGGGCAUAUCGUAAAAGGAGCGACAAGUUCGAAUGAUUCAAACCAAGUGUUAACUCUCACAAAUGAACGAUUUACUAUUCCCGAGGCACUGUUUCGCCCCAGUGAUCUUAAUCUCGACCAAGCUGGUAUUCCAGAAACUGCUAUUAAUUGCGUCAAAUUGAUGCCCGAAGAGAUCCAAUCCAUGUUAUUGAGUAAUGUUGUUCUGGUUGGUGGAAAUGCUGUCUUGCCUGGAUAUAAGGAACGCAUUCGUGAAGAACUUCAAAGUUUCUCUCCCCAAGGCGUAAAUCUCAGGGUAGGUAUGCCUGUAGACCCUAUAUCUUAUGCUUGGCAGGGUGGCUGUCGACUUGGCUCUCAGAAAGAUAUGUUGUCCAAGGCAUAUGUUACUAAAGCAGACUAUAUGGAACAUGGCGUCAACCUGUGCCUCUCACGGUUUGGGAUAAAAAAGAUGGAUAACAGCAUAGCCAUGGACUAA